GCAGCAAGAAGCAUACACACACUAGCUCCGCGGGAGAAGCACACUAGGUAGUUGGUCGACAAGCAAUAAGUUCAUUCCUUGUCAUCCUUACAAGCAUGGACUUGGAGCAAGGAGCAUCGGCACCGGCCAUGGAGGCGGAGGAGGCGCCGCUCAUUGUUGAGGUGGCGGCGGAGGAGGGGGUACCGAAGGAAGAAGAAGAAGAAAAGGAAGAAGAAAAAGAAAAGGAGGAGGGCAGGAUUGGGGGAAACAACCUGGUGAUGCUGACGGAGAGGGCGCAGCUGCAGAGGCUGGCAUUGGUGCUGAGGAACACGGAGGAGCCCCUGAUGCGGCAGGUGAUAAAGUCGGAGCAAGAGCGUGUGCAAUACCUCAACACGGUGAACGACGCCUACAACCAAACCAGGAGGCUGCUGGACGACUGCACGGCGCUGAGGGACACGCACGAGCGGUCAUCUCAGUCUCAGUCACAUGCGCUGCGGCUGCAGGUGGCGCGGGACGUACACGACUACGUCAUCUACGGCCUCAACCUGUGCAUGCAGAACGUGCGCAACUGCUGCAUGCGCGUGGACGCCAUCGCCAAGCUCAGGGCGCACUACGACGCCCUCGCCGACGGCCUGGCAGAGGACGCCGCCGGCGACUUGGAGAGCCUCGCCGCGGAGGCGUCCCAGUACAGGGCCUCCAUGUGGGAGUACUGCCACAGCCACCGGAGCGCCUCCGCGCGGGCCCACUCCCGUGCCUACUCCCGGGUGCUCCUGCUGGAGGGGAUCGACUUCGCCGAGCUCACGAGGAGGCAUCAGCUCCGGCUCGGGUACGGCGGCAAGGGCGAGGACUUUGAGGACCUCGAGGACACCCAGAAGCUCGAGGUGUACAACAGCAUCAUCGUCGAGUCGGGGCGUGCCAAGAUACCACUACUCGCCGGGCUCGCCGGCCGCAAGAUCGCAUCAGCCAAAACAUGGGGGAACGCCGUGGGUGUCUUUAUCAUGGCGGCCGGCAACAUGGUGUGGGACGUCUUCACGGCUGAGCACAACGUGGAGGCCGUUCUCCGCGGCAGCCUCAACGUCAUGGCGGCGGUUGGGGCCUUCGCCGUGGACGUCGCCGUCACCGGGGCGGUCACCAAGGCUGUCGCCAGCCUUGGCGCCGGCCUCUUUGCUACCUCGCUGGCUGGAUUUGUCGUAGGUGCCAUCGCCGGCCUCAUCUUCGUCGCCGUGAGCGGCCGCCUCAUCGACCUCAUCUUCGGCUCCCCUAACAAGGUGCCCCCCGUCGCCGAGCUCAAGUUCCACACCGCCGUCAUGCCGGAUGGCAUGAGUCUAGCAAUUUCCAUUGCUCGUCAGUCAUCCACGUAAGGAAAUCUUAUCGGAUGGGCGGGCUUCAGUUGUCUACCGUUCGUGUGUUGUUGGGAUCUCUAAAUAAUACUCUUCCGUUUCAAAAUAUGUGACUCGACUUUAUACUACUAAAGUUAGUACUGUAUAAAUUGUUGGAACCUGCAAUUACUUGUCUUUCUUGGCUGUAAAAAUUGUUCGGUCUUUUUAGCUGGCCUGCCCUUAUAUAUUAUAAUAAUAAGUAGAGAUGAUUUA